AGCGCCCUUCGUAACCCUGCUCAAGACGGGCGGGACCCCCCUGCUCGUCUGUUUGACGGUGGGAGUUUGAGGCCGUGUAGUUCCAGCCGCAUGUACCGCCUACUGUUGGCCUGCCUGCCUAUCUCGCGAUGGAGUCAGAUUGUCGCCAUGCCAGGGGGUGGUAACGUGGACAAUGGCGUACAGCACCAGAGGGGCGGUACCGCAGUCGCCCUGGCCGGUUCGCAAGGCAGAAACCGACAUGAUGGGUAGAUAUGCGAGCCAUACCUGACAUGGCCCCCUCUUCAAGUGAAGGAGGCCACAAUACAUAAUGCAGCGGCCGUGGCCUUUAAUCUCUCCCAUGUGGCAUUGUGGCUCUCCUGCAAGAUCUGUAAACUCUGAUUUCCCUGCCGAUCAAACUUGACUUCGACGACUUGAUCUGCGUGUCACGCAAGGUCUUGCUCGCUGUGACGAUGAAGUUCACCACCUGUCUCGCCGGCCUCCUGGCCGCAGUCACACAAGUACAAGCGGCGUCCGUCUUUGCCCACUUCAUGCUCAUCAACACCAAGAACUACACUCUCAGCGAAUUCGAAGAUGACUUUAAGAUCGCCAAGGACGCUCACAUCGAUGCCUUCGCACUCAACAUGGGUCUGACGGAUCCCAACACCAAUCAGUCCCUCGAGACUGCCUUCGUCGCCGCCAAGAACGUUGGAUUCCAACUCUUCUUCUCCUUCGACUACAACGGCGGCUACCACGGGGGCAAACCAUGGCCCAAGGAGACUAUUCUGGACAUGGCAGAGAAGUACUUCAAGCUCGACGAGUACUUCAAGUAUGCCGACAAGCCCCUCGCCUCGACCUUUGAAGGCACAGAGAACGCCGAGGAUUGGAUCGAUAUCAAGAACCAGACCGGAGCCUUCUUCAUUCCCGACUGGUCCUCCGUGUCUCCCGAGGACGCACUGGCACUAGGAGGCGGUGUUGCUGAUGGACUCUUCAGCUGGAACGCGUGGCCUGCUGGUGACCAGGACAUGACUGACAAGAGUGAUGCUGCGUAUGCCUGGGCCCUGAAAGGCAAGCCUUAUAUGAUGCCCGUCUCCCCCUGGUUCUACACCAACCUCCCUGGCUACAACAAGAACUGGGUGUGGCGCGGUGAUGAUCUCUGGUACGACCGCUGGAACCAGGUGAUGGACGUGAUGCCUGCCUUUGUUCAAAUCAUCUCCUGGAACGACUACGGUGAAUCACACCACAUCGGCCCUGUCCGCACCAACGCCAUGGAAGCGUUCGAAGUCGGCGAAGCCCCCUUCAACUACGCCCUCGAUCACCCCCACGACGGCUGGCGGCACUUCCUCCCCUACCUCAUUGACAGCUACAAAGCCGCUGUGGCCCCUGCGAUCAAAGACGAGGCCCUCAUGGCAUGGUAUCGCGGCUCGCCGGCUCUCACCUGCAAGGACGGCGGUACCACGGCUAACACUGUCGCCCAUGACCAAGAGAUCCUGACGGCAGCCCAGGUGGUCAGGGAUAAAAUCUUCUACUCCGCACUCCUCACUUCCGGUGCAGAGGUCACCGUCUCUGUCGGAGGCAAGGCGCAGAAGGGCAACUGGACAUCGACUCCUGACGGCGGCAAGGGCGUCUACCAUGGAAGCAUUCCCUUCCUGGGCACUGGCGACGUCGUCAUCGCCAUGACCAAGUACGGAACUGAGAUUGCCAAGAUCGAUGGAAGAAAGAUCGCAGAUGAGUGCCCCAGCGGCAUGACCAACUGGAACGCAUGGACCGGCAGCACAAAUGCUCUCCACGUCGACGAUCCGAGCCCGUCGCCCACACAGACUGGCGGUGGUCCUCAGUCUACGGCCAGUGACAAUGGGUCUGGUGCAUCCAACUUCUCGCAAAGUGGGUUGGUUUACGUUAUCGUUGCCCUCGCCAGCUUGGCUAUUGCAGGUGUGGUAUGAAUGGGAUGAAAGAUUGCGAAACUACGAUGCACAAAGAUGCCAAUCCUCGGACAUCUCUGGCUAUCCGAAAGGCUACGGCUACAAGGAGCAUCAAUGAUUUCUCUCGAAGAGAGCUUGGCAACGCAAUGACGCUUUCGGUUUACCUACGCUCGAAACACGGGCACAACUUCAACGUUUCACGAUGGCUUUUGCCCUUGGAUCUUCACCUCUCUUGUACAUGUUUACUUCAAUAGGCAUUUGGUGCCACAGCUACCUGUUUAGUGUACGAAUUUUAGAAGAGGGACGGAACAACAGCGUUAUGAUGCUUUACGAUUUUUGACGGACAAUUUUCAUGUACAAUACCAAUACCCCAUCUAGAGAACCACAUAGAACAUUUCCCACUCCG